AUGAGGGUGGAUGAAAUCCGCAAGCUGCAACGGGCCGAGGGCCCUGCCACCGUACUCGCCAUCGGCACCGCCACUCCUCCCAACUGCUACCACCAGAGCUCUUUCCCUGACUUCUACUUUCGCGCCACCAACUCCGACACCGAUCUCAAAGCCAAAUUCCAGCGCAUCUGUAAGACCUCUCUCUGUGAAAAGUCAAAGAUCAGGAAGCGUUACCUGCACGUAACCGAAGAGCUUCUCCAGGAAAACCCUAACAUGGGCUCUUACUCGGCACCGUCACUGGACGCCCGCCAAGAAAUGAUGACCGUGGAGGUCCCGAAACUGGGCAAAGAAGCCGCCACCAGGGCCAUCAAGGAAUGGGCCCAGCCCAAGUCCAAACUCACCCACCUCAUCUUCUCCACCAGCACCGGCGGCCACAUGCCAGGGGCCGACUACCAGCUCGCCAAACUCAUGGACCUAAGCCCAUCCAUCAACCGGCUCAUGAUCUACCAACAAGGCUGCUUCGGCGGCGGCACGGGCCUCCGCAUCGCAAAAGACCUUGCCGAGAACAACAGAGGCGCCAGAGUCCUCGUCGUUUGGUCGGAGAUCACCACCAUAGGCUUCCGCGGGCCGCCGCCUGAUUCCGACUCCGACAUAUCCAUCUUAGUCGGUCACGCUCUGUUCGCCGACGGCGCGGCGGCGGUAGUUGUCGGCUCCGAUCCGAUUCCCCGAGUCGAGAAAGGGUUGUUCGAACUCGUCCAUACGACUCAGACUACAAUCCCCGAUUCCGAGGGAGCUAUUGAAGGGUUUACUCGUGAAGCAGGUCUGGUUUAUCACUUGUCGAAGAGGCUGCCGGAGCUGAUUUCGGAGAACAUUGAGAAGUGUCUGGUUGAGGCGUUCCGGCCGUUGGGGAUUUCUGAUUGGAACUCGAUUUUUUGGGCUGUACAUCCCGGUGGGCCCAAAAUUCUGGAUAGGGUUGAGGAACGGUUGGGCCUUGAGCCCGAAAAGCUGCGGCCCACGAGGCAUGUGUUGGCCGAAUACGGUAACAUGUGGAGCGGGAGCGUGGUGUUUGUGCUGGAUGAGAUUCGGAGAAGGUCCGUGAAGAAUGGGUCCAGGACGGUCGGAGAUGGGCUGGAUUGCGGGGUGCUUCUUGGGUUUGGGCCUGGGCUUACUGUGGAGACUGUAGUUCUACGUGCCCUGAUUUAG